CUAACAGCUGACAAUUUUGGUUUUUUAGAUUUAUUGUGAAAACUUGUUUAGAUGGUUUUUUAAUAUUUAAUUUUUUUGUGUUAUCUGUGAAUGUGUGCAAAUUUUAUGACAUUUUGUGAAUGGCGAAUUUACUGAGGAAUAGUCUAAUGGUAGACACUAAUCAUUGUUUAAAAUCUAAUGGAACUAACUUAGGCGUUGUAUCAGGUGUAAUCGAGCCCAUUGAUUCACCGUUGAAGAUAUUUGUUCUUGCCAAGAGAAAAAUCAACAAUAUCUUUGUUGCUAUUGAAAGUUAUGUCGAAGAGAGUAAAAUAUUCUUGGAAGCCUGUCGUGAAGAUGUUUUGGAGGCAGAUGCAUUCAAUAAAGUGGUCAAUCUUGCUGAAAGAGUCUCCAACAUUCGAGAGGUUCUGCGAAGAGAUCACAUGAAAGUUGCCUUCUUUGGUCGUACAAGUAACGGUAAAAGCACGGUUAUCAAUUCUGUUUUGGGACGUAAAAUAUUACCCUCUGGUAUGGGUCAUACAACCAAUUGUUUUCUUCAAGUUGAAGGCUCAGAUACUGAUGAAGCAUAUCUAGUUUUGGAAAAUGCCCCCGAUGAAAAGUUAAACGUUGAAUCAGUUUCUCACCUAGCAAAUGCUCUCAAUUCAGAGAAAUUAGGUGAUGCUACGUUGGUUCGAAUAUUUUGGCCUAAAAAUAAGUGCUCUCUUCUUAGGGACGAUGUUGUCCUUGUUGAUAGUCCAGGAAUUGAUGUUUCCCCUAAUCUUGAUGAAUGGAUUGAUAAACAUUGUCUAGAUGCUGACCUUUUUGUCCUAGUUUCCAAUGCAGAAUCAACGUUAAUGCGGACAGAGAAAGCUUUCUUUCACAAAGUCAGUGAAAAAAUUUCUAAGCCAAAUAUUUUUAUUCUGAAUAAUCGUUGGGAUGCUGCUGCUAGUGAACCAGAAAAUCUGGACCGUGUUCGGAAACAGCAUACUGAUCGAAGUAUAUCUUUUCUUGCUGACGAAUUAAAAGUUGUGUCCCGCAGUGAAGCUCCAGAGAGAGUUUUCUUCAUUUCAGCUAAAGAAGUUUUGAUCUGGCGUACCCAAGAAUCCCCAGAUAGUAUUACUCCAACAUUUCCUGAAGGAUUCCAGCAUCGUUACUUUGAGUUUGAAAAUUUUGAGAGAAAAUUUGAGGAAUGUCUCUCCAAGUCUUCGAUUAAAACCAAAUUUGACCAACACGCGAGACGUGGAAACAGUAUAAUUGUUGAUUUGAGUCAUUUACUUGACACAAUUAACAAAAAUGCAACUAACCUAAGAAUAAAGAAAUCAAGUGAUCGCAAAGAGGAAUCAAAUCGUCUUGAGAUGACUAAUCAAAAGAUGCAAAUGUUAACCAAUGAAGUCAAGCACAAAAUAAUUUACAUAGUCGAGCAAACUGAGCAAAAGGUUAAUUUGGCCCUGAAGGAGGAAAUUCGUCGCUUAUCACUUUUGGUUAGUGAUUUUGAAAGGCCUUUUUCAGAUGAUCCAAACUAUGUACAGACUUAUAAGAAAGAACUUCAUUCACACGUGGAAAAAGGUUUAGAUUCAAAUAUGCGAGCGCGUCUAUCAACUGAAUUAUCAUGUUGUGUUGAAUCUGCUCAAAAAGAAAUGAUUGAGCGAGUGACACAGUUGAUUCCAGAGGAGCAAGCUAAAAGAAUUGACUUUUUAACAUUUAGAUCGAGACAAAGCUUUGAGAUUUUAUAUCGAAUCAACUGUGAAUCUUUAUGUGCCGAUUUUCAAGAAGAUCUGGAAUUUCGCUUCUCUUUUGGUGUUUUGUCAAUGAUUCGACGUUUCAGAAGUGGCAACUUUUUCUCCAAAGGAAACUCGAUUCCUCGAUCGGUACCCUCGACGGCACCACAGACACCAAGCAAUGAUUAUAAGUCAAUUCACCAUAAUUCAAGUAUAUCUGCUGAUGCUGACCUGUUACCUAUUAUUGAGAAAAUAUCUUUUCUCAGUGGAACCCAAUCGCAAACAACUAUUGGAGCUCUUGCUCUCGGUGGAUUUAUGGUUAGGACAAUUGGUUGGCGAGUGAUAGCAGUAACUCUUGGAGUGUAUACUUUCCUCUACUUUUACGAAAGGUUUACUUGGACUAACAAGGCCAAAGAAAAAGCUUUCAAGAAACAAUACGUUAACCAUGCUACUCGAAAAUUAAAGUUGAUUGUCGAUUUAACUAGUGCAAACUGUUCUCACCAAGUUCAGCAGGAACUGACCGCAACUUUUGCCCGUUUAUGUCACAUGAUUGACUCAAAUAUGAAAGACAUUCAACAAGAAAUCAACAAAUUAGAUGCUGAGAUUCGCCAAUUGGAAGAGAUUGCUAAUAGUUCUCGUACAUUAAAAAACAAAGCUAGCUUUUUAUCAACAGAAUUAGACAAUUUCAACGAAGUCUAUUUAAAUGAUGAAACUUGAAUUGCAAAAUAAAAAUUGGACUGAUUUUGCUUUUUUUGAAAAUUCCCCAUCAAACUUUCACCUCAACCACUUGACGAGAGGAAAAAAUGCGAGGAUGAACAACGAAAAAUGAAUAAAAAUUACCCGUAAUGUCCGUAGUGAUCUUCAUGUAUACAAUUUAUUAACUUUUAAAUGUAAAAUUAUUAGUGAUGAUAAUUUUGUCAUGCACUUAGAUGUUCAAUCAAAAAGCUUUCUUCUCCCCUUUUUCCUUGUUGGGCAUGGAUUGUAAAAUAUCUACAUUUGUUGGCAAUGAAUCUACUUCAAUUAAUUAAGCAGAAUUAUCAACCCAUAAAAGAAUAUAUAUAUUGUACUAAAAAGUAAAUAAAAGAAUAUUGACUGUCAA